ACCCAAACUCUAACCACAGGUACCGCUGGGUGAUUCCGGUCGAAGACCCCUGCAAGUGCACAAGGGUGAAGCUCGGGGGAUUGUCAACGCACACACCUCAAAGACUAUUCAACGUGACUUACUACGACAACUAUCUGCGAAGUAACGACCUCAAAGAGAUCAAACACUGGCUCAACUGCCCAGGAAGUUUGAUGAGGACACCAACCGAUUGUGCUGACAUUCUCGCAGAGGGUGUGACUGAGAGUGGUGUGUACACGAUAAAACCACUGGAUUCCGGUGAGCCUUUGCCGGUGUACUGCGAUAUGGAGACAGACGGAGGUGGAUGGACGGUUUUCCAGCGUCGUCAGGACGGCAGUGUUGAUUUCUACCGGGACUUUUCCGACUACAGCCAUGGCUUUGGGGAUCUCAAUGGGGAGUUUUGGCUCGGUAACACCAACGUACACCAGCUGACCGCUCAGGGCGUGUGGGAACUCCGCAUUGAUCUGUCCGAUUUCGAAAGCAAUACUGCCUUUGCUGUCUAUGAAUCAUUCAGCAUUGCCAAUGAGAGUGACAAGUACAGGCUUACUGUGGAAAGUUACAGUCCAACAUCAACCACAGGCGACUCAUUGAACUAUCACAAUAACCUUCAGUUCUCUACUAGAGACUUUGACAACGAUGGCCUGUCGAACAGCAACUGUGCCGAACAACACCGUGGCGGGUGGUGGUACAAUACCUGCUUUGCUUCGAAUCUUAACGGGGAGUACCAUCAAGAUCCCAACACAGAACUCGGUAAUGGAAUCAUUUGGAAUGCCUGGAAGGGAAUGUCCUACUCACUCAAAACCACAGAGAUGAAAAUAAGAGCCAAACCAUAA